CCCCGCCCCGGGGGCGGGAAGCGGCUGUUCCUGUCAUGGCGGCCCUGGAGUGCCUGAGGUGUGCGGGGAGCGAGCGGCUUCCCCGGGAGGCUGCGGGGCUGUGAGGAAACCCGACCCGGGAGGUGCGGGAGAGCCUGGGACAGGUGGCGCAGAGAAGCUGUGGCGGUGUUCCAGGCCAGGUUGGAUGCGGCUUGGAGCAGCCCGGUCUGGGUGGAGGUGUCCCUGCCCACAGGAGCUGGGUGAGGUUCGAAGUUGCUUCCACCCCAACCAGUUCAGUGAGUGUCAGGAGGAAAAUGGCCCAAACUGCCACCUCAGCAGCACCUAUCUAUGAUGAGGACACUACUGAAAGCAGAAUGGUGAUAACAUUCCUCAUGUCAGCACUUGAGUCAAUGUGUAAAGAACUUGCCAAGGCCAAGGCAGAAGUCGCCUGUAUUGCUGUGUAUGAGAGAAAUGUCUUUGCAGUUGGAACCGAAAGAGGAAAAGGCUUCAUCAAUUCCAGGAAGGAUUUUCAGAAGGAUUUUGUUAAAUUUUGUGUUAAAGAAGAGGAGGAAGGCAACAAGCCAAAGGCUUUACAACCUGCAAACAGGCUGACAGUGGAUAUUGUGGAACUGGAAGCUCUCAGAAAAUCUGUGGAGGACUACUUCAGCUAUUGCUAUGGUAAAGCUUUAGGCAAGUCAACAGUGGUACCUGUGCCAUAUGAGGAGAUUCAGAGGGACCAAUCUGCUGUGGUGGUGCUGGGUCUGCCCAAAGGACUGGAAUUUAAACACCCAGAAAAUUACAACUCUUCAACCCUGAAAUGGAUUUUGGAAAACAAGUCAGGGAUCUCAUUUAUCAUCAAAAGGCCCUUCCUGAAGCCAAAGGAGCAGCUAGGAGCUCAAAUGCCAGAUCCUUCACAUUCAGCUAUCCCUCCAGAUCAAAGCUGUCUUCCUACUCAAGUGAAAACAGAACCAAAGGAUCCUGAACUUAUUUUGGAAGCACCAGUAUUAGUGAAGAAGGAAUUGGGUGCUCCUAACUCCUGCCAAUACAGUGCUUCAGGUUUUAUUGGCAGCAAAGAUCAGGGGAUUGUGUCCUUUGUGCUUAAUUCAAGGAGCUGUAAGCCUCAGCCUUCUGAAACAUCAGAAAGGGGUGAAAACACUCAGGAAAAAAGUUCCACAGGCAGUCACCAGCGAUCUGAUUCCAAAGAAGACACAGAUGUGGAGACCUCAAUAGAAGAUUCCUCCCACUACACUCCUUCAGAGACAAGUGAGGAUCCAGAGGUUGAGGUCACCCUGGAAGAUGAUGAUGAUGAAUACAUACCACCUAACAAGAAACUUAGGAGCAAAGAGUCUGCUGAUAAAGCUGCCAACAGAAGGACAAGAAAAGUGAGAGAUUUCAAUUUUGAUAAUUGGAAUGCACGAGUAACAAAACUGAGAAAUCAAGUUGAGGAACUGUUUGAAAAAAAAUAUGCUCAAGCUAUAAAUGCAAAAGGCCCAGUGUCUGUCCCAUACCCACUCUUCCAGGCACACAAGGAAGAGCUGUAUGUGGAAGGGCUGCCAGAUGGAAUUCCCUUCAGGAGACCAUCCAUGUAUGGCAUUCCUAGGCUGGAAAGGAUAUUGCUGGCACAGGAGGAGAUCCACUUUGUGAUUAAAAAGCAUGAGCUUUUGAAUUCAACACAAGAAGAGGUACCACUGGACAAGGCAGUUGCAGAAGUGUCACCCUCAAACACAGGGAAAAAGGACUGGCAUUCCAGAAUUGCCAAACUGAGAAAGACAGUAGAUGAACUCUUCUGCAAAAAGUUUGCUGAGGCCCUGGGGAGCACUGAGCCCAAAACUGUUCCAUACAGGAAGUUUGAGGCCCACCCUACAGAGCUCUAUGUUGAAGGGAUGCCAGAGAACAUCCCCUUUAGAAGUCCCUACUGGUAUGGAAUCCCUCGCCUGGAAAAAAUAAUUGAAGUGGGCAAAAGAAUAAAAUUUGUGAUCAAAAGGCCAGAGCUGCUGACUGUCAGUUCACCUGAAGUUAUCCUGCCCAAGUUGAACACUCCAGUCAAAGAAGAUUGGAAUGUCAGGAUCACAAAGCUGAGAAAACAAGUAGAAGAGAUAUUUAAUAUGAAGUUUGCUGAAGCUCUGGGGCUUUCAGAGGCAGUGAAAGUUCCCUACCCUGUGUUUGAAUCAAACCCUGAGCACCUGUAUGUUGAAGGUUUGCCAGAAGGAAUCCCCUUCCGGAGUCCCACCUGGUUUGGAAUCCCACGCCUUGAAAGAAUUGUCUGGGAUAGUGGCAAGAUCAAAUUUGUUGUUAAAAAGCCUGAGCUUGUCACUUCCUUUUUACCUCCAGAACUGGCUAGUAAAAUAAACACUAAAGCAGUGAGUCCAAAGAGUUCCAAAGGGUUAGAAAAUCCUGCAGACAAUUCAAAGGUUCCUGAGGAUGAAGAUACUGAAGGUCCUAAUAAACCACAAGCAGAGGAUCAAACUAAUUCUCAAACCAAUGAGUCCAAUGUGAACUGGAGGAUACGAGGAAAAGAGUUUUCUUUUGAUGCAUGGAAUGCCAGAAUUACUGAGUUAAAGCAAAAAGUUGAAAACCUUUUUGAAGAAAAAUGUGGGGAAGCACUGGGGCUGACUAAACCAGUCCAGGUGCCAUUUGCAUUGCUGGAAUCCCAUCCUGAUGUUUUCUACAUGGAAGGACUACCCGAGGGGGUGCCAUUCCGCCGACCUUCUACUUUUGGAAUUCCAAGACUGGAGAAGAUCCUGAGUAACAAAUCAAGGCUCAAACUCAUUAUUAAAAAGCCUGAGAUUUUCAAGGCAGCUGUUAAUGCAAAGUCUGCUAGAAGCCCCCAAAGAAAAACUAAUUCAUCUAAUGCAGCAAACACAACAGCAAACACCCCAACAACCACACUGGUGAGCACAGCUGGAGGUGUCACAGAUCUUAACAUCAUUGAGGUGACUGUCCCAGAUGGUGAAAGUGAGCAACUGUCAAAAGAAGAAAAUGCCAGACACUUGAGAGAGCAAGUAAAUGAUCUUUUUAGCAGGAAAUUGGGUGAAGCCAUUGGGAUGAAUUCUCCUGUGAAGGUCCCAUACAGGAAAAUCUCUGCCCACCCUGGCUGUGUGGUGGUGGAUGGGUUGCCUUCUGGUGUGGACUUCAAAGCUCCCAGUUACCUGGAACUCAGCACAAUGAGGAAGAUUUUGGCCUCAGCAGAUUGUAUCAAGUUUAAUCUCAUCCGACCAUUUCCAGGAUCUGUGCUUAACAAUGGUACUACAGAAACAGAACAAAGUCCUCAAUUAAAUCAAGAAUCAGGCCCAACGUGGAAGACCUCAGCAAUACUAGUCAGAAGCUUCCAGUCCUGAGAAGAGCCUGCCAGGACUGUCUGGAGCUGUGUAAUAUAGCUAUAUAAGAGAAGUACCUUCUCUACAAGUCCUUUUUGUACUGUUGAAUAGAAAUGUCUACUUUUUCAUCAGUUCUCUGAAUUGACUUGAAGUAAAGAGUGACUGUAGAUUUGGAAUGUCUGGUUUUACAUUGGAUUACAGUGUAAGGACUAAAUCUGAUGCAGCAAGGCUGAGGAGAUGAUGGGCAAUAAAAGCAACAGGGACUUAACAGAAACUGUCUACAUUUCCCAAAAACACUGAGUUUCACUGUACCUAAAUGCAUCUGAAGUCUUGUCAUGAAGAAAAAUUCCUGCAAGUAGUUCAGUUUGUUGAUUUUACUUUGGAGGCAGGGAGGGAAUAAUUAAGUUUUGGUUCUUACUCCUUUCAUAGCUGAUUGGACAGUAGUAUCUGUAUAUCUGAACUAGUUUUUCCUACAAUAACUCACAAGUCAUGUUCUCAAUAAAUAAAAGGUGAACUGGUUCACUUGACCAUGGGUACUCAUUAACAAGCUGGCCUGUGACAUGGUCAGUGUUUUUCAGUGAUGAGGAACCAAUAUAAAUGAAACUCUGAAUUCAAAGCUCUAAGUGCAUGUUUUAUCAGAGUUUUUACCUGGUUUAGAUAUGAUGGGUCUGGUUUUGCAGUCCUAACAUAGGAAAAAAAUCUCCUGGACCACUGAGAGUGUUUUUAAUCCUGAGGGUUCAAGGAGGGUGCCCUCCUGUUCAUCUAGAAUGGGUUGUGAAACAUGCUGCAAGCUGAUGCAAGUUCUACAGUGUCACAAGUCCUCUGUAGUCCUAGUUAUGUCCCACAUGACAUCUGAGUCUCAGGGAUGGAUUGUUUUUAAGUUUCACAGUAAGAGAGCAAGUUCUGGCUGUAUGAUAAUCUCUAUGGAGAAGUUACAGAUUAUAUUGUAAAGGUUUCUCUUUUAACUGGCUUGAGUUUGGGUGACUGUGUUAUGCACAAAUGGUAAAUUUUCUUCCCUGGUUAAAAAAUAAAGACCUUUCUCUUGGUUUUCAUGAUUGUCCCUGCAGUAUAUGUUUACAUAGUUUACAACAACUGGAUUUCUAGCAGCAACUGUGUAGGCAGGCAGAGCAGGCUGCAGCACAGCUCUUCCAUCCAGCCAAGGGAGUCACUCCCAGCCAUGCCUUUCAGACAGAAACCCAGCUCCAGGUGUAUUGUAUUGUAUUUUCAAGGAAAAUUUGGAGGCCUUAAAUUCAAUUGGAUGCAGUGUCUGUUCCUGGGGAGCAGCUUCAAGUUCAGCACCUGAGUUCUGAGCAGGAUGUGCUCUGGAGGUGAGGGAGAGCUGUUGGAACCAUCCUUACCUUUCCACCACUGCUCCCUGCAGCUCUGGGUGCCCUCACUUUUAUAUCUUUGUUCCCUCUCACUUUGAUAUCUUUGUUCCUUGCACUGUUGGUGGCAGGAGGAGCAGGGUUGGCUCCAUGCUGAUGUAUUUUCAGAAGUACUUUCCAGGUGACCAGCACUGUGCUGCCUUCCCCUCUCAGCAAACAGCCCCCUGGGGUGAGUAACUCCCACCUCUUUUCUUACUGUCCCAAAUCAUCACCACCAACGUGUUUUAAUUGCUGAUUACUUGAUCAAACAUUGCUCAGUUGAUGUAGCUCUGUAAGCAGGUUGUCAGCAAGGCAAGGGCAGGUUUCUCAGUUGCUGCUAGAAAUGAUUAAAAUGGGGAAAUGAGUUAUUGCUGCUUUCCCCAGGUUUGCAGCUGGUUCUUUCUUGACUUCCCCUUUUGAAAAAGCAGAAGGAGGAUCCAGCCCUUCUCUCUCUGCUAUCUUUAGGAGGCAGCUUUUGCACAGCAAGGCUGGAUGGUGCUGAUCCUCAGUGCUCCAUCAAAAUAAGGGUGAGGCAUCAGCCCAGCAGUGUGCAAGGAAUUCCAGGUUACUCCCUCAGAGUGGGCAUCCUGCAAGCUUCAUGGGCAGGAGCUGAGAAGGAAAAAAUGAAGUGAAAACUGAUGGAGUGGUUUUACUGGAAGGACUGGAGUCCUCCUGUGACACUGGGAGUGCCUUGUGUCCCUCUUGCUGCUGGACUGGCAAGAAUGCUGCUGGGUGUGUUGGUGGUCAGCACUGACACCUCUCUUGGGUCUCAGACAUUUUGGGUUGCAUCCAAUAGAGAGAGAUUUGAGUUGACAAAAUAAUUGCACUACUAUUUAUACCUUCCAGUUUUUAUAUGGAGAGUUAUCUAUCUGUAAAUACUCCUCACAGGCAGCAGACUUUUUAAGAUGUUGACUGUAUGAAAAUGUCACUGGUUUCCAAACUGGUAAUUUAUGAGGUGUAUCAGGUAUUGAGUGAUAAUCCCUUUUUUAAGGCCUUGGCUGUAAAAAAAAUAAAUUAAAUAAACACUGCAACAACUUCC